GAAGGCAUAACUUUUCUUUUCUUACUGCCCAUGAAUGCAACACAGUCCUCUAAUGCGACUGCGCGAAUCGUGUUUCCCGGAAACAACAUGGUUGUUUUGGUAUCCGCUAGUAUAGUACUCAUCUGUCAAAAGUUCUGGUCUUCUGGUCAUCAUGGACUGCACGGCGCUGGAGCUCGAUGCUGUCAAAUUUGCCAAAACAGCUGUCACAUAUGACCAGAAUGGCAAAUAUAACGAGGCUGUGUUUUAUUAUAAGGAGGCGGCCCAGGCCCUGAUAUAUGCUGGCAUGGCAGGGUCCAAACUGGAGGGAAUCCAGGACAAAGUGAAUGAGUACUUGGAUCGGGUCCAAGCCCUCCACAAUGCUGUCCAGGCACAGAAGAGCGACCCGCUGAAGUCCCGGCAGCAGGUGGACCUGGAGCGUGCCCACUUCCUGGUCACCCAGGCCUUCGAGGAAGACGAGAAGGGGAAUGAUGAUGAAGCCAUUGAACUGUACACUCAAGCUGUGGAGCUGUGCAUUAAGACGUCCAACGAGACAUCGGACCAGGUGCUGCAGACCAAGCUGAAGCAGCUAGCACGUCAGGCUUUAGACAGGGCAGAGGGUCUUAAGGACUCCCAGUCCAAAUCCACUGUAGCUCAGACUCAGGACAGGACGGGGCCUUCUGGAACCAAGCCCAGCAGUGCGGGCAGUUCUGCAGGACCGGUCCGCCAGUUUUUCCCCCUCGGGCCAGACUUCACCCUCCAUGACCGGCCACAACCCCAGCCGGUCCGGGCGGUCCAGUCCAGCGAGCCCCAGGGACAGCGCUACACGUCAGAGGAGAUUGAGGUGCUCAGGAGUACAUCUACAAUCAAUGGCAUAGCCUAUGUGCCCUUCAUGAGUGUGGACCUGAGGGAGCGAUUUGCCUUUCCUGUCCCUUUCUCGGACAAAACAGGAAAACUGGCACUGUCACCCAAACAGAAAGCCAUCUUCUCCCGCUGGGUCCGGCCAGACGAGAUCUGCAAUAAUCCCACCAUGAUCAUGUCUGUGUCCAGCUUCAGCAUCAAACAGACGGUGGUGUCUGACUGUUCGUUUGUGGCAUCGUUAGCCAUCAGUGCGGCCUACGAGAGGCGCUACAACAAGAAACUCAUUACCAGCGUCAUCUACCCUCAGAACAGACGAGGAGAACCAGAGUAUAACCCCUGUGGGAAGUACAUGGUCAAGCUUCACAUCAACGGAGUUCCCAGGAAGGUGAUUAUAGACGACUACCUGCCGGUGGAUCGUAACGGAGAGCUGCUGUGCUCCUACUCCAGCAACAGGAAUGAGCUCUGGGUCUCUCUGAUAGAGAAGGCCUACAUGAAGGUGAUGGGAGGCUACGACUUCCCUGGCUCCAACUCGAAUAUCGAUCUGCACGCGCUCACUGGCUGGAUCCCCGAACGCAUCGCUAUGCACUCAGACAAUCAGUCAUUCAGCAAGGACGACACUUUCCGUAUGCUUUUCCAGAGGUUUCACAGGGGUGACGUCCUCAUCACCACGGCAACUGGGGUGAUGACAGAGGAAGAAGGGGAGAGAUGGGGUUUAGUGCCAACACACGCCUACGCUGUUCUUGAUAUCAGAGACUACAAGGGAAUGCGUUUCCUGCAGCUGAAGAAUCCGUGGAGUCAUCUGCGAUGGAAGGGGCGUUACAGCGAGCGUGACGAGAAGAACUGGACACCUGAACUCCUCAAAUACCUCAACUUUGACCCCAAGACAGCACAGAAGUUUGAUAAUGGUGUUUUCUGGAUCGCAUGGGAGGACCUUUGUCAGUACUAUGAUGUCAUCUACCUGAGCUGGAACCCUGCCCUGUUCAAAGACUCUUCCUGUAUUCACAGUAGCUGGGAUGGGAAGCAGGGCCCAGUGAAGGAUGUCUACAGUCUGGCCAACAAUCCCCAGUACAAGCUGGAGGUCCAGUGUCCAACAGGGGGAGCUGCUGUGUGGGUGCUGCUCACCAGACACAUCACUGACAAGGAUGAUUUUGCACAAAACAGGGAGUUUAUCACCCUUGUUGUUUACAAGACCGAUGGGAAGAAGGUUUACUACCCAGCGGACCCCCCUCCUUACAUCGACGGCAUCCGUAUCAACAGCCCACACUACCUGACCAAGAUGAGGCUGACCAGCGCAGGGACACACACCUUCACACUGGUCGUUUCCCAGUAUGAGAAACAGAACACCAUCAACUACACACUGCGGGUAUACUCCAGAUGCAAAUUCACCUUCUCUAAGAUCCCAAAUCCCUUCACUCAUACGAAAAGGAUCAACGGCCAGUGGAAGGGGCUUACUGCUGGAGGCUGUGGGAACUAUAAGGAUUCAUACAAACACAACCCGAUCUAUCAGAUUAACCUGGAGCGGUCCGGACCGCUGCUCGUCGAGCUCCGAGGAUCAAGGCAGUACAGUGUUGGUUUUGAGAUGGUGACGGUGUCGACAGUGGGGGAUCCGGGCCCAGCUGCCUUCCAGAAAAAGAGCAGCGGAGACUACAGAUGUGGCUUCUGCUAUAUGGAAGCGGACCACGUCCCAGCAGGCCUCUACAACGUCAUCCCCACCACCUUCUUGCCCAAACAGGAAGGACCCUUCUUCUUGGACUUUGCCAGCACCUCACCCCUCAAGGUCUCCCAGCUCCAAUGAAGACUGAGCUGGAGAGAGGACAGGGAUUGGGAGAGAGGUACUUGCAACGGUGUCAUGGGAUGUCUCUGAAACUGUACUUUGGAUGUGAUGAGGUGUCAAGGCCUCAAUAAAACACAAAGAGCCCACAAUGUGACUGGCAGCCUCGACAACUGUCGCUGAAACCUUCGCUGAGAUACUGUAAAUGGAAAGUUUGUAGGCUUGAACUGUAACGUUGACGUGAUGAUACCACACAGUUAUGGAGAAGGAAUAAAUUAUUAGUAACGACUCAUCAAAAGGAACUUCAGUAUGGAAUUUAAACCAUCAACAGUCAAGGCAUUUUGGGACGGAAUAAAAUAUACUUUCACCAAAAAUUAAACAGCCAACUGACAAAGUAACGAUGAUGAGAGCAGAGACAGAGAGCUGCUGUGCCUCCUUUUGCCAUAAUAAGAUAGAUAUGGUAUCUAUGGAGCUGAGCUCACAACCACCAGAUGGAAUAAUUAGCAUCAACAUCGUUGUUCUGAUCAGAUUGUUAAAUCUGAUGGAUCUCAUGAGAUGACAGUAAUCAUACGACCGCGUCCUGGACUCGACAGGAUGCGGAGAAGUGACAGGGUUAAAAUCAACACCAGCCAAGAGGGCGUCAAGGCUGCCUGAAAGCUGCAAAUUCUUUUCAGGUUCGGUUUUGCUGCAUUGAGCACCUCAACAGUCCAGAAGUGUAUUCUUAGUACUUGCUCGUGGUUGGAAUUUCUCAAAUGUUUGAGAUUUGUUUUUCACACAUGGAAAGUAACUUUCUCAGAGAACUAAGAGGACAUUUGUGGACACCCCUGUCCACAUACUUUAGUAAACUUUUGGUCUGGGACUUUCCUUUUAUGGUUUGGGCCCCUUAAUUCUACAGCAUACAAUGAGAUCUUAGACAACAGUGUUCUUCCAUCUUUGUGUCAACAGUUUGUGUUUGUCCCUUUCCUGUUUCAACAUGACAGUGCCCCCGUGCACCAAGCAGCUCCAUAAAGAAAUGCUUUUCUCAGUUUGGUGUGCAAGAACUUGACUGGCCCUCACAUGGCCCUGACCUCAACCCCAUCCAACACCAUUGGGAUGAACUGGAACGCCGACUGAAGCCAGACCUGAUCACCCAACAUCAGUGUUGGACCUCACUGAUGCUAUUGUGACUGAAUGGGAGCAAAUCCCUGCAGCCAGGUUUCAACAUCUGGUGGAAAGACUGAAACCAGAAGAGUGGAGGCUGUUAGAGCAGCAUAUUAAUGCCCAUAGCUUUGGAAUGACAUGUUCAACUUUCACAUAUAGGUGGAGUGUUAAGAUGUCCACAUACUUUUGGCCAAGUUGUGGAUCUUAGUUGAGACAUUGGUUGAAAUUUGACAAUGUUUCUGGAACAACCGCCUUGUUUUCCUGUUUGAAAAUCAUACCAAUGACAGCCCAGCAAGUGAUACAUCCAGGCAGGUGCAGGAAAGGUUUGUGAUGAUGUCUCAGUAAAAGAGAGACCUAUCAAUCAUUUAGUGUAUCGCCAAUUUGGAAUGACAGCCGUCUCUAGUAAAUUCAUAUGUAUCCCUGCCAAAAAAAAUAGUGAAUUGCUUUUUCUGGCUGUAACUUUAGCUGUGUCCAUGUGUCACAUUAUCGCUUCUCCACAGAAAGCAAAAAGAACAACUGUUGUAAAAAUCAAGAUAAGAGAUAUAAAUACAAUAAAACAAGAUAAUAAACUAGAAACCAGAAAGCAAUCAAAUUUAGGGUUAUGAUAACUCUUAGUUAUGGAAAGCCAUGGAAAAGUCACAAAGUUUUCACAUCCAGGCUCAACAACAUACGGCGUGCAACAUAAUGGGAAAUAUGAUAAACACAUGCUUAAGAUGCUCACUACUACAAAACAACUUGGAUAAGAAGAAGUUGCUUGAUACUGAAAAAAUGUUUCCACAAAAGAAGGCCUCAGUCGUCCCUUUCUUUAAGUAGUGCGUUAUCGUACCCUGAUCAGACUUGGUAGCUUCUUGUCAUUCAGUUUGUCCGUCAGGUGGAAGGGACAGUUCGUUUCCUUAAAUGACCAUAAAAGUUUUUUUUAUUCUCAGGAGCAGAGUAGCAGAGCAGCACCACAGGGAAUCCAGUAUGGCAGCAGUUGAAUGAUGUCUCUUCAUGUUGUCUGUGUCAGCCUGAUUUCACUGACAGACCUCGCGUCAGCACUCAGCACUGCUUGAGACAGGUAUCACACACUGUAUGUGUGUGUGUGUGUGCGCGUGUAAAUGUUUGAUUGUCACUAUCAACCUUCUACAGGUGGAAAUUUAAAUGUAUUGCCAAGUACACAUCCUCUGUUUACUUUUUUGUUGAAAUGCUGCACUUUUUUUUUAAUCAUUUCUCAUUUUGUUUGUUGUCAAACACAAUAUAUGGAAACGAAUGUCACUUUGUUUCUUCGACGCAAGCAGUUUAAACAGUUUUCAUAAAGCGGCUCAUCUGAAGCCACCUUGUUUCCUUUCUUUUGGGUGACGUCACCCAACGGCAGUCUGUCGUGUACAAAUGUUGCUGCUAUAUUCUAUGCUGCUUAUCUCUGCAUGGCUAGCAGAGCUUUGCAGUUGCAUCACAGAUCCCUUGGCAACAACAUCUGUCACAGUCGUGGAUAUGCUUUGGUGGAUUUGCUGAAUGAGAGUCAGAUCCAGGCUGGAUGUUGUGGUGUGAGCCCGUCCAGCAACGUUGAAAUUAAUAGAGGUUAUGUUGCAUCAUGUGGAAGCAGACAGCCAAUCUCAUACUUAAGUAACUGUAUGUGUCAACAAGUCAAAGCACCAAAAGACUUUCAGACUUAAAUAAAUAACUGUUGCCUUUGAAUUGUUUUUGCGACUUUCGGCUAGACAGGUUUGACAAAAACAAAACCUUAGUUUUGAAGUUGAAAGUUCAUUCUUUACAUAGUCCACUUACUAGCUUUUUCCAGACAUUUUUAAUCUUCAUCAUCAGAGUUUGCUCAGUUGUCAUGAUGACAACUGAACCCGUUCCAUGACAACUGAGCAAACUCACAGAUGAACACCAUUGCAGUUGAAAGCUCCAGAAAAAGCAAGUAAGUGGACCUUGAGUUCAGAAUUUUAAAAAAAUAAUAAUUUUUUUUGUCAAAUUACUUUAGUUUUCUUUUAAAAACUCAAAUGAAAAUCAGUGACAGACAUCUGAUACUUUUGCAGUGCCCUUUAGUUGCAAAUGUUUACAUGUAGGGUUAAUAGGCUACUGUGCAUGUUGCCACACAAAGUCUUUCUGUGUAAACUGUAAGCUGCUGUAGUAAAUUUAAAGCCCCUGUCUGCGUUUAGUGCGCAGCGCUCUGUUGCCGCAGUAACAGUCUGCAACCAAUGAUUAUUUUCAUUUCAUUAUUUUUUCACUUAGAUUGUUUAGCCUAUAAAAUGUUUUAACAAAAAGAAUGGAGAAAAUGUCCCUCACAAGUUCAGAGAGCCUAAGGUUACAUCUCCACAUUGCUUGUUUUGUCCGACCAAUAGUGCAAAACCAAAAAAUAUUCAAUUCACAGCGAUAUAAAACACAGAAAAGCAGCAAAUCAUCACAUGUCUGAAGCUGGAACCUGAGAUGUUGAUGCAGACUUCCCCAGACUGCAUCAACACAGUGCACUGAAUGCGCACAAUAUUACAAAACGUAUCAACAAUAUAGCACACAAAACUUUUGAAAUGGUUUCAUUAUGUUAACCACAAGCUUUGACUUUUUUAUACAGUCAUUUCAUUUGUUUUGAAGAUGUUAAACACAUGCAAAGAGAACUUAACAUGAAAAACUUGCCUCAUUUCACAUUAUUACUUGUGCAAAUUCUGUAAUGCAGCUGGAACAGUGACAAACUUGAUCUGGUUCAUAGUAAUGCUUAUGGGGAGCAAGGUGACAACACCCAUAAUUACUGUUAACAAUAAUUCAUUGUAAAACCAGUUCUGACUGAAGGCUGACUGCCAAUGAACUAAUAAUGCUGGUGUGCUAAAAGGAUUAAAUGUUCUGUUCAGAGUGGGGUGUAGCUUUAAAUAUCCAUUGCCAAGCACUUCUGUCAAAUAUCCACUUGUUGAUUAAUGAUAAAUCAUUAGUUUUAUGAAUGCCAUAUCUUUCUGUUACCAUAUUCAGUUAUGUCUUUUUAAUUAACGAUUAAUUUAAAUAUGCAGCAGGACAAUCUUGCAGCAACCUGUCAUGAUGUAAUGUUUGCAGAACUUGCACUAAAUGUUAUGUAGACUGAUGUGUUCAGCAUUUGAAUACAGAAAAUGAUAUCUG